AUGCGAGCUCUCUGUGUCAAGAAAGUUUAUUGCUUUCUAUCGAAACAAUCUCCCAAUUCUUCAUUCCGAUUCUUUGGAAAUGCGAGAUCGAAUCACGGAAGCAAUCGUCGAGGUUUCUCGAAUGAAGAAGCUCUUAUCCUUCGACGUUUAUCUGAAGGAGGUCUCGUACAAGCACGCCACUUGGUCGACGGAAUCCCUCAGAGAGGAAGCAAUAGCCGUGUCGUCUACUGGACUUCGCUUCUCACGAAGUACACGAAAGCUGGAUACUUGGACGAAGCAAGGGCUCUGUUUGACGUUAUGCCUGAGAAGAACAUCGUCACUUGCAACGCGAUGUUGACGGGUUAUGUCAAACGCAGGAGACUGAAAGAGGCUUGGACGUUGUUCCGAGAAAUGCCCAAGAACGUUGUUUCGUGGACCGUGAUGCUCACUGCGCUCUGUGAUGAUGGAAAAAGCGAAGAUGCGAUCGAGUUGUUCGAUGAAAUGCCUGAGAGAAACGUGGUUUCGUGGAACACGUUGGUCACUGGUCUGAUUGGGAAUGGGGACAUGGAGAAGGCGAAACAGGUGUUUGACGCUAUGCCUAGCCGAGAUAUCGUCUCGCGGAACGCUAUGAUCAAAGGGUAUAUCGAGAACGAUGGGAUGGAUGAAGCGAGAGUCUUGUUUGAGACUAUGAGUGAGAGAAAUGUGGUUACGUGGACGAGCAUGGUAUAUGGUUAUUGCAGGAACGGAGAUGUUGAAGAAGGUUACAGAUUGUUCCGUGAAAUGCCGGAGAGAAAUGUCGUUUCUUGGACCGCGAUGAUCAGCGGGUUUGCUUGGAAUGAGUUCUAUAGAGAAGCCUUGCUGCUUUUUCUUGAUAUGAAGAAGGAUCUUGAUGCGGUAUCACCGAAUGGUGAGACUCUCAUCUCUCUCGCUUAUGCUUGUGGUGGUCUUGGUGUUGGAUUUCUCCGUCUUGGCGAGCAAGUGCACGCACAAGUCGUCUCUAACGGUUGGGAAAGCGUGGAUCACGAGGGAAGGUUGAGGAGAAGUCUUGUUCAUAUGUAUGCAUCAUCUGGUUUGAUCGAUUCAGCGCAGUCUCUGCUCGAUGAGAGCUUCGAUUUGCAGUCUUGUAACAUUAUGAUCAAGGGUUAUCUGAAAACAGGGGAUUUGGAGCGAGCUGAGACUCCGUUCAAGAAAGUCGAGAGCUUACAGGAGAAAGUAUCGUGGACAUCGAUGAUGGAAGGAUAUCUAGAGGUGGGGGAUGUAUCGAGAGCCUUUGAUCUGUUUCAGAAGCUUCACGAUAAGGACGGGGUUACAUGGACUGUUAUGAUCUCAGGUCUCGUAAGAAACGAGCUUUUUGCAGAAGCUUCGUCUCUGUUGUCAGAUAUGGUGAGACAUGGUUUAAAGCCGUUGAGCUCGACUUACUCUGUUCUUCUUAGCUCCGCAGGCGCCACUUCAAAUCUAGAUCAAGGGAAGCAUUUACACUGUGUGAUCGCAAAGACAACAGCUUGCUAUGAUCCUGAUCUCAUCCUUCAAAACUCUCUCGUCUCCAUGUACGCGAAAUGCGGAGCCAUAGAGGAUGCUUACGAAAUUUUCUCAAAGAUGGUCAGGAGAGAUACAGUUUCUUGGAACUCCAUGAUCAUGGGGUUAUCUCACCACGGCUUAGCGGAUAAAGCUUUGAAGCUCUUCAAAGAGAUGCUUGAUUCAGAGAUGAAACCAAACUCUGUUACGUUUCUUGCAGUCCUCUCAGGUUGUAGCCACUCUGGACUCAUCACACAAGGCUUAGAGCUGUUCAAAGCGAUGAAGGAGACGUAUUCGAUCCAACCCGGGAUCGAGCAUUACAUCUCGAUGAUAGACCUUUUAGGCCGAGCAGGUAAACUAAAAGACGCAGAGGAAUUCAUCUCAACUCUGCCUUUUACACCAGACCAUACGGUCUACGGUGCGUUGCUAGGCUUAUGCGGGCUUAACGGGAGAGAUGGAGAUGCGGAAGGCGUAGCGGAAAGGGCAGCGACGCGGUUGCUAGAGCUGGAUCCGGUUAAUGCGCCGGGACACGUGGCGCUAUGCAACGUGUAUGCCGGUUUAGGGAAGCGUGAGAUGGAGAAGGAGAUGAGGAAAGAGAUGGGGUUUAAAGGUGUGAAGAAGACACCAGGAUGUAGCUGGAUUGUGCUUAAUGGAAGAGCUAAUGUGUUUCUCUCUGGUGAUAAGUCUCCUUGUGAAGUUGAUCAAAUGUUUUUGCCAAUGUUUUUUGGUAAUGAUAAUGGAAUGCUUGAGGAGGAAGAAGAGAAACCGUUGAUGAUUAUGUUUGUCUAA